GGCAGAGUAUUGAUUCAAUGUAGAAGACAUGGUUCUAAAAGUGUUGUUCGUUUUGAUCUUUUUGUGGGGAGGUGUGAAUACUUACAGGAUACUGGUCGCAUUACCAUACAUUGGAAGGUCUCAUUAUAGAUUCGGAAGUGCAUUAUCACAGGGUUUAGCAGCUGCUGGCCAUGAAGUAACGGUAAUUUCUCCGUACAAAGAGCUAAAUCCAAUGCCAAAUUACCAUCAAGUCUAUCUUGAGCACACUGAAAAAAGAGUUAGCGCCUUGCAAAGUGAAUAUACAAAGCUGAAUUUUGCUACCCUGUCGUCUCGUGCACUGUUCAAGGCUUUGACAGCGCUUCGGAAAGAAACUAGCGGUUCAAUAACGAAUAGUCAAAAUUUUCAACGUUUCCUCCAAAAUAAGACCAGAUUCGAUGUGAUUUUGAUCGAAACAAUUUAUAGCGAAGAGCUGCUGGUACUUGGAUAUCAUUUUAAUGCACCCAUCAUUUCAAUUUCGCCUGUGUUUGAUUCAACGGAAAUGUACAGCUUCACAGCCAUUCCAUCCAUGAAAUCGUUCACUCCAAAUAUAUUUAACAGUUACACCGAACAGAUGAACUUUUGGCAACGGCUUCACAACAUGCUCACUUAUUUCGUCGUUCAUUAUGUGUCCAGAAUGUUUAUGUGGGCUGAAUGGCAAGCGAAUUGUGAAUUAAUGUUUCCGAACACAAAAAAUAUUCCACCACUUCAAGUGCUCAAAGGCGAUAUUUCGAUGAUUUUACUGAAUUCACAUCCAAGUCUGACGGGAUCACGGCUAUUAUCGCCGAAUAUCAUUGAAGUCGGUGGACUUGCCAUACAACCCGAUGAAGUUCAGCCACUACCAUCGGAUCUACAAAUAUUUUUGGAUGAAGCCAAUUUUGGAGCGAUUUUCUUUUCCCUCGGAACAGUUGUUGACGAUACACAAAUCAUGACCGAAGCAAACAUGGCAUUUUUGGGCGCAAUGGCAGAGUUAUCAAAUAUAAAAUUCCUUGUGAAAGGUAACGAGAUGUCGAAGCUAGCUCAAAAUAUACCAAAUGUCCUAGUUCGAUCGUGGUUUCCGCAAAAGGCAAUUUUGAAGCAUCGUAAUCUCCGUUGCUUCAUCACACAUGGUGGACUCAACAGUAUUCAAGAGAGUAUUUAUUACAGUAAGCCGAUCAUUGUCAUUCCGUUUUAUUUUGACCAAUUCGUAAAUGCACGAUGGGCACACGAAAAUGGCUAUGGAAUUGAGCUGCCAUUCAGUGAAAUGACAAAGACUAAGCUUAAGUCGUCUAUUGAACGGGUAUUGCAUGAUUCAAGUUACACCAUUCAAGCGCAUAUCACUUCGGAACGAUUCCGAGAUCGAAUCGUUGGACCUAUGGAAACGGCCAUUUAUUGGACCGAAUAUCUUGCUGAAACCAAAGGCGCACCACAUUUGCAUAGCGAUGCAACCCAUUUUGCAACCUAUCUGUUCUACAAUUUGGAUGUUUGGGCAUUUUUCUUUACAAUUAUUCUAAGUAUAGGAUUUAUUCUAUUAUUCGUUGCGUGGAAAAUUUUAGCAACCAUUAUUUCAUUCAUAAAAUUGAGAAGUAGGCGUGCUAAAGUAAAGUUGCCAUAGAAACGAAAAAUAAUAGUUUACAAUUUCGUAUGAAAUAAUCAAAUUCAAAGAGGAUUUUCAUUGCUCGACAGCUCAACAAUUUUUUUUUCAUUCAUUAAUUCAACGUUAAUUAUCCGGACUUUCUUCCUUUCUAUCGAUAUCACAUUUCAAUGAAUGAAAUGAAAUCCGACACCUCAAUGACAAUGAAUGAAUACCGUAAUCAGUGUUUUAAGCCCAAACAAUGAAUGGAAACUCCGCCAAAGCUUAUCAACAAAUAAAGUAAUGAUUUAGUCGCGCAUUUCAUCCAAAAAAAUGGAGAAGAAACAUUUUUUUUCCCUAUAACUUUUAAGAAUAAUUUGCGGAGAAAAGCGUUUCGCCUUGUUCCAUUGAGAAAUCAGUAUCGUUGCACACUUUUUUCUGCUGCUGUUCAUUUCUGCUAUUUGCUGUGCUUGUCAUUUAUUCGAUUGGUUCACAUGUCAUGUGAAAUUCUCUUGGGGAUGGGGAUUGGUUAAAGUGAGUCUUGACUUUUCUGAUUCGAAGAAGUUGCCUGAUUGUCGAAAAUGAAACGAGAAAAACAUUUUGAAACUUUAUCCUAAUGGAUGCGGAGGUUUUAGGUAAUGCAAAAUCAUUGCGGGCGUUCUGAAGUGAUGCAAAACAAUUGAUUAACAAGAAAGUCAUCAUCUUCAUCAG